CGUUUACAUGUACAGCAACGUUGCUCCAACGAUGCUCAGCCGCAUCAUCAAAUCCGCAGUUUUGGCCAACUGUUUCAGAUUUCUGUCCGCACUUCUCGAAACUCCAACGCCCAGAAAUCGAAAUUUAUCUAACCAUUUCAUCAUUUCUAUGUUUGACUGCGCUGCCAAACGUCUGAUAGUACUUCUGAGAUGAUUGCCGUAGCAGGCACCACGUAAGCUAUUGUAAACUGUGGUAUUUUUGAAUCUGCAUCCAGCAGAGAAGAACCGCAUGGUUCUCUGUGCCGGCGUGUUGGAGGUCGGCGCAGUUGCGGGCCAGGCUCGUGCUAUUUAUUAUGAACUCCCGUAAAUGGGGUCACAAAAUUUGCCCUCUUUCCCUGCAGUAUCAUGGUAUCUGCUCAUCCCAUAAUGUCGACGGCGCUGGCUUGCUUAGCGUUCUCCGUCGCACCGGUGACUGCCACAACAUACUCUAUGGCUAAAGAGUACUAUGGUUCUAGCUUCUUUGACGCGUGGACUUUCUAUAAUUAUUACGACAAUUUGACGAAUGGAGAUGUAACUUAUGUUUCGGCUCAGAACGCAACUACGUAUCAGUUGGCGUAUGUAGAUACCACAACGAACCAUGCCAUCAUCAAAGUAGACAACACUUCCACUGUGGUUUAUAACAACAAGCGCAACUCCGUCAGGAUUACAAGCAGCGACUCCUUCGAUGUGGGAAGCAUGUGGGUAGCUGAUAUGUAUCAUGUGCCUUAUGGUUGCUCCGUGUGGCCGGCGUGGUGGAGUCAAGCGGCUCUCUGGCCACAGGGUGGCGAGAUCGAUACAUUUGAGGGCAUCAAUACCAAUACCCAAAAUCAGAUGUCCUUGCACACUGAAACUGGGUGCACGGCGGUUUCCCAAAAUCAAACUUCAACUCUGGUUGCUAGCACAAAUUGUUCGUAUGCCGCGAACGAGGACCAAGGUUGUAUUGUUACAGACCCGUCGACUAAUUCCUACGGUGCUGGUUUUGCGAGCAGUGGUGGAGGAGCUUUUGUGACCGAAAUGGCUUCUACUGGUAUAAACAUUUGGUUCUUCCCUAGGUCCGAAAUACCUAGCUCGCUGUCGAAUAACGAAAGCACGAUUGAUACCUCGACCUUUGGUAUUCCUGUUGCCAACUGGCCCUCUACGGGUUGCGACAUUGCCCAGUACUUCCAGGCCCAGAACUUGAUUUUCGAUAUCACCCUCUGCGGAGACUGGGCCGAUGGUGUUACAUGGAAUAGCACAUGCUCAGGGAUUUGUUAUAACAACUGGGUCAUGGGAAAUGGUACCGACUACAAUGAUGCCUACUUCGAAGUCAGUUAUGUGAGGGUUUUCAGCACGGAAGGCAGCAACACUGUCGUAUCUCCCUCCGGAUCUUCCACCGCUGCUGCUUCUGGUUCGUCCUCGACAUCAGGCUCAUCAAAGUCAAGUAGCUCGUCUGUGGGCCUCCCGCAUGGUGACUUUUGGAUGACUGCUACAGUGCUCGUUGUCGUUGGACUUGUCAGUAGCGCCUUCUUUACAUUUGCUUGAAGGGACUAUGAUGGUAAAAAGACCAUCUCUGACGUUGCUCGGUGAUAAGUAUGUAUUUUCCAUAUGUAUAGGCUCCAUUCACCUUAUGAUCACGUCCGUAGAAUCGUCAUACCACGGCAGCUUUUAGGGAAGAGGUAUCCACAAGACUUACGUUUACGUAGUAUUGACUUUGUUGAGACGAUAUGAUUACAUAUAAUGGUAGAUCCGGACUUUGGAAAGUGAAUAUUGAAAUAUUUAGUGGUAC